CGCUGUCUGCGACUAUCACCAAGCAAACGUGUCUAGUAGCUUGUCUUGCUUACACGUAGCUCUAAUCGUGGAGACAAUUCCAAGGACUAAUCCCUUCACAAAAGCUUGCGCCUUGUGUGGCUUAACGUCCCCGUUGUCAAGAUGAACUCACUUUAUACCCUCGGAGUGCGCCAAACGAAUUCCAUCCAGGCAGACCUGGAACGCCUGCGCAACGGCGAGAAAUCUGCGGCUCUCAUAGGGCAGAUAUCCGCGUCGUUGGCGGCGAUGCACCGGACGGUGGACGAUUAUGACUCGAUGGCGAAGAGGGAGAUUAUCAAGGCUAAGCAGGAGAAGGCAAUGAUGCGAGUACAGAAGUUUCGAGCAGAUUAUGCGGAAUUAAAAGGUCAAUUCGAACGGAUAAAGGGCGAGAGUGAAGCAGCGACGCGUGCCGAAUUGUUAUCAGCAUCGUCAUCCUCAACAACACCGCUGUCACCGGGAGACGCGAGAAGACGGUUUAUGGCCGGACAGUCAGCUUCAUCCUCCGAGGUGUCCGAGUCGCCGUUCAGUGGUCCCACACCGAUGCCGAUGUCUGGCCUUCGAGAAGAUCACGCACUACGCGAACACAGCUUCAUCCACAAUACUGAAAAUCGGCUAGACGAGUUCAUUGCGCAAGGUCGUGCGGUGCUGGACGACCUUGUGGACCAACGUUCGGUUUUGAAAGGGACGCAGAAACGUCUGUUGGAUGCCGCGAAUACCCUUGGACUAAGCAAGGAUGUUAUCGGAUGGAUUGAGAGGAGAAGUACACAAGAUAUGUAUAUUUUCAUCGUUGGCGCGAUCUUCACCUUCGUCUGUUUCUUUUUCAUCUGGAAAUACCUUGGGUAACGUUCUGACGCUGGACUUUCCGGACUCUUUUCAUGUGUAUCUCUAGUACUGUCGUAAUACAUAUGUUGUCGCUUGCUUUCUGCCUAUCGUAAGCUUUUG